CUGGCUGGGUGUUUUUCUCCAGCAGCAUCCCUAUUUAACAUCCUGUGACAUCGCAUCCUUUUCUGGAAGAUGCUCGGGGCGGAGGAGACGCCGGUUCGCGUGGAUGAUCUAAGCGGCUCAGAGUGGCUCACAUGAGGUGUGUAUGUCGCUCUCUGCUGCACCUGUACAGAGAAGGAAAGGCGCUAAAUUGUAGCCACCGCCCGAAGAUGAUGAUGAUGAUGAUGAUGACGGUGGCCUUUUUAAUAUGGUGAGGACAGUUAUGCUUUUUCUCUCAUUUUUGACCAAAAAUGUCUAAAAGCAAACAUUGCGAGGCGGUCAGGGUGGUGGUCCGCUGCCGGCCGUUCAACAGGAAAGAGGAGACAGCUCAGUGUGAAAACAUUUUGGAUAUUGAUGACAAACUGGGGCGGAUCACCAUCAGGAACCCGAAGGCACCACCUGAUGAGCCGAUGAAAGUGUUCACGUUUGACUCUGUGUAUGGCUGGGAAUCAAAACAAAGCGACAUUUAUGAUGAUGCGGUCAGACCUCUGGUGGAGUCCGUGCUGCAUGGCUUCAACGGGACUAUAUUUGCCUACGGACAAACGGGGACAGGUAAAACAUUCACCAUGCAAGGGGUGUCAAACGACCCAGACAAGAGAGGGGUUAUACCAAAUUCAUUUCAGCACAUUUUCACACAGAUCUCCAGAACUCAGAACCAGAAAUACCUGGUGAGGUCAUCGUACCUUGAGAUCUACCAGGAGGAAGUGAGAGAUCUGCUGUGCAAAGAUAACAACAAAAAACUGGAGCUGAAAGAGAAUCCGGACUUUGGGGUGUAUGUGAAAGACUUGUCGUCAGUGGUGACAAAGAAUGCCACUGAGAUCGAACAUGUGAUGAACAUAGGCAACCAGUCCAGGUCUGUGGGGUUCACCAACAUGAACGAACACAGCUCUCGGUCUCAUGCAAUUUUUGUCAUAACCGUGGAGUGCAGUGAGGUAGGGCCAGAUGGCGAGGACCACAUCCGGGUUGGGAAGCUGAACAUGGUUGACCUGGCUGGCAGCGAGCGCCAGAGCAAGACAGGAGCAAAAGGGAAGAGAAUGAAGGAGGCAACCAAAAUCAACCUGUCUCUCUCAGCGCUGGGGAAUGUCAUUUCAGCUCUGGCGGAUGGCAAGAGCACCCACAUCCCGUACAGAGACUCCAAACUGACCCGCUUGCUCCAGGACUCGCUGGGUGGCAAUGCAAAGACUGUCAUGAUAGCAACAGUGGGGCCUUCGCAGAAGAAUUUCAGUGAAUCCCUGGCCACACUCAGGUACGCCAGCAGGGCCAAGAACAUAAAGAACAAACCUCGGAUUAAUGAGGACCCCAAAGAUGCCCUGCUGAGAGAGUUUCAGCAGGAGAUCGCACGCUUGAAAGCCCAGCUGGAGGAGCAAGGGAUGCUUGCAAAGGAGAGGAGGAGGAGGAGGAAUAGUAGAAGACUGAGUAAAAGUAUGGCUGGGAUGGAAGAGGAGCUCCUUAAGGAGAAGGAUGUGGAGGAUUGGAAGGCUGUGCAGGAGGAAUCAGAUUUGAAACAGUACAUGAAAGAGGGAGGCAUCCCCAAGAGUCUGACCUGCCAGGGAAGCAGCGAGAAGUUAAAGCCCCUGAACGAACACAGGAAAAGUGUGGAGGACAUGCAGUGGGAUCAGGAUGCUUUGGAGAAGAUCAUAGAGAAAUAUAAGACGAUGGAGAGCAAGCUGUUAGUCGGAGGAAAGACUAUAAUUGAUCACACCAAUGAACAACAGAAAAUGCUGGAGCUGAAGAGGCAAGAGAUUGCAGAACAGAUCAGACGAGAGCGAGAGAUCCAGCAGCAGAUGAUGCUGCAGGACGAGGAGGCCUUAGAAAUGAAAGAAACCUUCUCCUCCCUGCAGCAGGAGGUGGAACUAAAGACAAAGAAGCUGAAGAGGUUGUAUACCAAACUCCAGUUGGUGAAGGGGGAGAUAAAAGAUGUCAUCGAUGAACACGUCAUGACCAGACAGGAGCUUGAACAGACACAGAAUGAGCUCACCAGAGAGCUAAAGUACAAAUAUCUCUUAAUUGAGAAUUUUAUACCUCCCGAGGAAAAGAACAAGAUUAUGAACAGGCUGCACUUUGACAGUGAGGAGGAUCAGUGGAGACUCCAGCCGGUCCUUCCAUCAGAGAGUGCACCCACUCAGGUCAAGAGAAGGCCUCUCUCGGCUGUGGGAUACAAGAGGCCAAUCAGCCAAUAUGCACAGAUGGCGGUUGCCACGGCAACUGGGGCCCCAUCUAGAUACCAGGCUGAGAAUAUCAUGCUGUUGGAGUUAGAUAUGUCUCCACCAACCAUGUUCACCUUGAACCUUAAUGGAACUCACCUGGAGAGGGCUUUCUCUCCACGGCUGAUGCGGGAUCUUCUGGUGAAUGUUCCAACUAGAGAGAGGCCCACUUCCUCAUCACGGGUCAGGAAAUCCCAAUCCUGGUAUCAGGCACCGCAAGCAGCAUCUGUCACAUCAUCGUCAUCCUCCACCACUCUGGCAUCAGGAUCUCAGAGCUUCUCUCCCUCUCACAGACAGAGACCAUCCUCUGCUGCCUAUCUCCCACUGGGAGGUCCAGUUCAGACAAGCCCCUGAUAUGUGUUGAUAGACCUGUACUGUAGGACCGGCCUUAGUUCAAGGUGGCACCAAGUACCCCAGACUGGCCAGGGGGCAAUUGGGAGAGGUGGGGGGAAUUGAUAUGCCUUGGUUAUAAAUUUAUUUCUCACUUUGUUUCUUUAUAUUUUUGAGUAAGAAUUACUUUAGUAAGCAUGUGUGAGACCAUAAAGACAAAACAUUAAUUUCCAAAGAACGUCUGUUACAUAAAUGCAAUGGAGAAUCUGUGAAGCUCUUUCACUGAUCUUUCCUUGUUUGCUGGCUUUUUCCUACUGUUGCCUGAAUCAUGCAGUUUCUCUUGGCUCACACUGGCCUACCCAAAUAGCACAGCUAAAACGUCUAGGUUUGAUAUACAGUAAACUGUUGUUGGGAAUCUUUUAAAUCUUUAUUUUUCUUUAUUUUGUUUUGUUUAAUCAAUUAUUUACCAAAAGAAACACUUGAGUCUCCUUUUUUCUUUAUGUAAAAGACUACAAAGUGUAUCUGGUGUAUCUUUGCCUAAAUAGUAGAGGGUGAUUGGGGAAGUGAAGGCCCCACCUAAUAGGGGCCACCCUUGUUUAACCUGUAUGCUUGAUGAAUUGUUGCUUGAAUUUGUAGCCAAUGUAAUUGUGAGCCACAAAUGUGAAGAAAGCUUGCAGUGCUCUCUUGAUUAGCUGCCUUAUUUUUCAUAGUUGUGAAAUCGUGCAAAGUCCAUUUGCUUAC